CUUCCCGUCACGUGACUGAAGCCCCGCCAGUCCUCUUCCUCAGAGUCGUCCAGUCAGAGCGGGCUUCGCGAGGAAGAAGGCGAUUCCUCUGUUGUCCAGCCUUCCAAGUGUAGUGCCUUGGCGAUGGGCCCCACCAGUUCUCCCAGUCCUCUCACUCUGAAUGUCAUCUGAGAGAAGAGGUGGAUGUAUCUUCAUCCAGACUGAAGGCAGCCUAGAAGCGCAGAACCAAGAUGGAAGGGCAAGAGCCAGCUGCCUCCCAGUUAGAAGUAUGUUUUUCUACUAUUGAGGAAGAGAACAAUAAAGCAUUCUGGGAGGACUCUUGGAAGAAAGACUGGGAGAGCAGUCCGCUCCAUCCAGUCCUUCAGGGCCAGCGCUUCCAGCAUUUCCGCUAUGAGGAGGCCUUGGGGCCCCGGGAGGUUUGCAGCCGCCUCCACUCUCUCUGCCGCCUGUGGCUGAAGCCAGAGCGACACUCCAAGGCGGAGAUGCUGGACCUGGUGCUCCUGGAGCAGUUCCUGGCCGUCCUUCCUGCGGAGAUGGAGCGCUGGGUGAGGGAAUGUGGGGCAGAGACCAGUUCCCAGGCCGUGGCUUUGGCUGAAGGAUUCCUCCUGAGUCGGGAAGAGGAGAGGAAGUGGGAGAAGCCCCAGGUGCAGGACUCUUGUACAGAUGAGAUCAACAAGUUGGAGGAGUUUCCUUCAGACACUAUGUGCGUUUCCCAGAUUGGAGAAGGCGAAUCUAUCACAUUUGGCAGUGAAACAUGGCCAAGUGAUAGUAGCACAACUUUUCACGAUUCUUUCCUAAGAAGAGAUUCUGCGGAACCAGAUCAGAUAACAUUUUUUCCCCUUCAGGUGACUUUUGAAGAUGUGUCUGUGGAUUUCUCAGAGGAGGAGUGGGCCCUCUUGGAUCCGAGCCAAAAAGCCUUGCACCAGCAAAUCGUGGAGGAGAAUUUGGGGAUUGUGUCAUCCCUGGGUAAAGCUCCAUUAUGCUUGUAGUUAACCAAAUCCGUUUACAAGUUCUAAAAGUUAUCUAGUGUUUCAGAUCUUCCUCUGAAGCCAUAGAAAGUAAGCUCAUUCCAUAUCCAUAUAGGGGCCAGCCAAGAAGACAAUAGGCACUUGGGUGGAGUGGCCACAUUAGAUGAAUUCUAGGCAGUGGUCAUUUUCCAUCCACCAACCAUGCUUGUGAUGGUGGUGGGAGUGAGAGAAGGGCUUCUCUUGAGGAUUCUAGCGCCCAGGUAGGUUUGGACAAGGAGUCAAAUAGCCUGGACCUGAGCCAUUUAGGUCUUUAUAGGUCAUAACUAGCAAUUUGAAUUAUGUCUGGAAACAGAUGGGUAGCCAGUGGAGCCGUGGCAGCCAUGGGUGAGAUUACAAAUUGCAAAGUCUCUUGAUGGGGAGAUGAUAUUCAUCUCUAGAAAAUUAGUCUUUUCUACUACCUUUAUUCCAUUUGCGUUGGAGCCAUCUAACUGAGCAAAAGCCACUGGUGUUUUUAAAGGUUGGGCUUCUAUUCCCAACUGAUUUGCUAGAGUUGGGACAAUCAGACAUCUGGUGCACCCACAGUCUAGAUCGGCUUCUGUUCUUACCCUUUGGCCCAUCUCUGGGUUUUGCAGUUCCACCAUCACCCAAACGGUAUCGCAUUUAAAGCUCACUGACAAGUUUUUGCCCUGGGAUAAUACAAUCUGCUGUUGAGCAUUUGAAGCAGAGCGUGACGCUUCCCUGCAGCCAUUCUCCAUUAUCUUCCAAGUCUAGCUCCCCUCUUCCAGCUGACAUUCGACCGGGGCCCAGAGCUGUCUCAAUCACUGUUGACACUUUUUUUGGUCACCUUGGAAGGAGGGAAAGUCUUCUGUUGCGGGGGCAUGGUUCCUCUAACCUUGGAAAGUCCCUUCCAACAAUUCACGGCUCCAUACCCCUCCUGGCCACACGUGCAGCAUGUUCCUCUUCUUCCUUUCCUCUCCCGACUGUUUGACCUGGCCCGUGAAGAGGGAGUCACCCCCGAGAUCCUCGGCUGUGUUCUUCCCCACUCAUCAUCUCUGGGUGUCCUCUUAACUUGUUCUUGAUUGCGCUCGACUCUUCCGGUGAGCAUGAUCUAUUAUUCCAAAGUUACUGGGUUACCUCGGUGUAGUGCCUACUCCAGAACCCCCUUUCUCCCUCUAUAUAGACACCUAUUUUUGUCUUUGGGGCCAAAGCCCCAAGAGGAGUGGCCUUGUUAAAAAGAUGUAGCCAGUAUUUUCUCUUUGUCCAUGUAUCAAGUUUGAUCCAGUUCUUUCAAGCCAUUUAGGAGUCUUUGCAGUCCAUACAUACACACCUUGAUUUAUGUAUAAAUAGAUUUUUUUCAUACACAAAAACAUACAAUACAUUCAAAUGCAGGCUUGUGUAACUAACAAUAUAAAAAAGUAGGGGGUGCUUUUUACAAAAAAGAUUCAGGGGCUAAAAUGGGAGAAAUGACAUUUAAUCAUGUAAGUGUCAGGAGCUGAUUUCUGCUGUUCAGGAAGUCACCAUAAAGCCUCUCCAUGAGAGCUCAGGGUCAGCCAGGGGUGUCAGUGGAGAAGUUUGAGAGCAGCUGAAUGGACUAACUUUUCUCGUGGGGAAAAAAUGAUAAGUAUGUUGGAGGCGUGGAGUGAGAUUGGAAGGAAAGGAGAGGUGUUAGUCAAAAUCGCCAUUAGCUAUUUUUUUCUUGGAGCUGUAAAGGUCUGAGUAAUAAAGCCAAAUCCAGAAGACUUUUGUGAGUGGCCCAAGUUGUCAACUAGAACCUUCAAGGAAUGAAAAUAAGGAGUAACAAAAAAGAGAGAAGGUCAAACACCAAAUCUGUGCUGCUUCAGUCAGUCCUUUUUAAAGUGGCGACUUUAUUCUGGCUUCUAAUCUGAAUUUGGAUGUUUGUUCUGCUGCCUGAUGCCAUGAGGUUAAGUUCACCUAUUUUUGUGCCAUCAGGCAGAUGGAGGGUUUUUGCUUUCUGUGAGAAAGGGCUGUCUCGACUAAAUGCAUUUUGUAAUUUGUAUAUUUUUAAACUUUAAUAUAAGCUUUG